UCUAUUCUUUCCUCUCCUGCUCGGCUUCCCCCCCAACCCCCGCCUUCUCCCCUCCGACUCCGGCCACCUCCGCGGCGGCGGAGCAUCCUAGGGUUUCGCGCCGGCUCGCCGCCGGCGUACGGAGAGGGAGGGUGUAACACGCGCAGGCCUGCGCCGUCGUCCUGCUCUGGGAACUUCCGCGUGCAGCGAGGGAUGGACGAGUGGGUUCGCCAGGCCGAGGUGUGGGUGGGACAAGCCGAGAGGUGGAUCCGGCAGCAGCCUCCCGAGCAGGUUUACGUCGCCGUCGCGGUGGUCGCCGUGACGGUUCUGUUGCUGGUCGCAGUUUCGUGCCUGAAAUCCUCGAAAGCAAACACCAUAGUGCUAUCUGGGCUCAGUGGUAGUGGCAAAACUAUUCUCUUCUACCAGCUUCGGGAUGGAUCAACACAUCAAGGAACUGUGACUUCAAUGGAACAAAACAACGAUACUUUCGUGCUUCAUUCUGAGCUGGAGAGGAGAGGCAAAGUAAAACCUGUUCAUGUUGUUGACGUUCCUGGUCAUGCAAGGCUCAAACCCAAACUUGAUGAAGUCCUGCCUCAAGCAGCUGGAAUAGUUUAUGUUGUUGAUGCUCAAGAUUUCUUGUCUACCAUGCAUGCUGCUGCAGAGUACUUGUAUGACAUCCUGACAAAGGCAACUGUAGUGAAGAAGAGGGUUCCUGUUCUGAUAUUCUGCAACAAGACAGAUAAAGUUACAGCUCACUCAAAAGAAUUCAUCAAGAAGCAAUUGGAAAAGGAAUUAAACAAGCUCCGGGAAUCAAGGAACGCCAUAUCAUCUGCUGACAUCACUGAUGAAGUCAAGCUUGGGAACCCUGGAGAAGCAUUUAAUUUCAGCCAAUGCCAGAACAAGGUGACAGUUACUGAAGGUGCUGGUCUGACCGGUAAUGUUUCAGCGGUUGAGGAGUUCAUUCGUGAGUAUGUGAAAGCUUAGGCCUUAGAGUUGUCGGACCUUUACAGAAUAGAGUUUGUAUUCGUUCAAAAUUGUCAUCUAAGCGGAGACUGAUUUUCCUGAUGGAAGAAGGAAAACCUUCAUCAUCUCAUCUGCAUCUGCUUCAUUCCAUUCAUGCGUGUGAGAAAUUUCAACAUUUUCUUGAAAGGAAAGCAUCGGACAUUCAGUUGAACUUAACUUUUCGUUGCUAACUCUUAACAGACACAUUGCUCUUGCCUCUUGGCAUGCAUGACCGUCUUAAUAUUA